AUGAAAGGGAUCUGCAAAGGGGAAAUCCGUGCAAAGGAAUCAAAAUCGGGGGACUUUGGGAAAAGAGGAUGUAUUAAAUGCAGCCGACUUGACUUCAUUCUGGUGAAGAAAAUGGGGAUUAAAAGUGGAUUUACGUUUUGGAACCUCGUCUUUUUAUUGAUGAUUUCAUGUGUGAAAGGGUUUAUUUAUACAUGUGGUGGAACAUUAAAAGGACUCAAUGGCACCAUAGAGAGCCCUGGAUUCCCAUAUGGCUACCCAAAUGGUGCAAACUGUACAUGGGUAAUAAUAGCAGAAGAACGGAACAGAAUACAAAUUGUCUUCCAGUCAUUUGCUCUAGAAGAGGAAUAUGACUACUUAUCAUUGUAUGAUGGGCAUCCUCAUCCUACAAACUUUAGGACAAGGCUAACAGGAUUCCACCUGCCUCCACCUGUGACAAGUACCAAGUCUGUCUUCUCACUACGUUUGACCAGUGAUUUUGCAGUGAGUGCUCAUGGGUUUAAAGUAUACUAUGAAGCUGAAGAUGCCUGCGGAGGCACAAUGAGAGGAUCCAGUGGCAUAAUUUCCAGUCCUAGCUUUCCUAAUGAAUAUCAUAACAAUGCUGAUUGCACGUGGACAAUUGUAGCUGAGCCUGGGGACACCAUUUCACUAAUAUUUACAGAUUUUCAAAUGGAAGAGAAAUAUGAUUACUUGGAAAUAGAAGGUUCUGAGCCACCAACAAUAUGGUUAUCUGGAAUGAAUAUACCACCACCGAUUAUCAGCAACAAAAACUGGCUGAGGCUGCACUUUGUCACAGACAGCAACCACCGCUACCGUGGAUUUAGCGCCCCAUAUCAAGGUUCUUCUACAUUGACCCACACUUCCUCCACUGGUGAGUUAGAGGAGCAUAUUGCGACUGCCACUGAUGCUAUUGCUGUUGCUAGCACAUCUGCAGAUGUUACUGCAUCCAGUGUGACAGCUGUCACCACCCCUAGACUUUCUGAGGAACAGCGAGUGCAACUGACAAGCCUCAGAAAUUCAGGUCUGGACCCCAACACAUCCAAGGACGGGCUCUCUCUUCAUCAAGCAGAUACACAAAGUACAAGGAGAAGACCAAGAAAUGCUGAGCAGAUAGAAAGAACUAAAGAACUUGCAGUUGUUACUCAUAGAGUGAAAAAGGCCAUAGAUUUUAAAUCUAGAGGAUUUAAAUUGUUUCCAGGGAAAGACAACAGCAACAAGUUUUCUAUCUUAAAUGAGGGAGGUAUUAAAACAGCAUCGAACUUAUGCCCAGAUCCAGGAGAGCCAGAAAAUGGAAAGAGAGUAGGCUCAGAUUUCAGCCUUGGAGCCACUGUGCAGUUCUCCUGUGAUGAAGACUAUGUUCUACAGGGUUCAAAAAGUAUCACCUGUCAAAGGAUAGCAGAAGUCUUUGCUGCCUGGAGUGAUCACAGACCCGUAUGUAAAGUGAAGACAUGUGGUUCUAAUCUUCAAGGACCAAGUGGUACCUUCACAUCUCCCAACUUUCCAUUCCAAUAUGAUAGCAAUGCUCAAUGUGUGUGGGUUAUCACAGCAGUGAAUACAAAUAAGGUAAUUCAGAUAAACUUUGAAGAGUUUGAUCUAGAGAUUGGCUAUGACACAUUGACAAUUGGUGAUGGAGGGGAAGUUGGAGACCCCAGAACAGUGCUGCAAGUGCUAACAGGAAGCUUUGUACCAGAUUUAAUAGUAAGCAUGAGUAGCCAAAUGUGGCUUCACCUUCAGACAGAUGAAAGUGUUGGAUCAGUUGGAUUCAAGGUGAACUACAAAGAAAUUGAAAAAGAGAGCUGUGGAGAUCCUGGAACACCAUUGUAUGGAAUUCGAGAAGGGGAUGGAUUUUCAAAUAGAGAUAUUUUAAGAUUUGAAUGUCAGUUUGGAUUUGAGCUUAUUGGAGAAAAAUCAAUUAUUUGUCAAGAAAAUAACCAGUGGUCUGCAAACAUACCAAUUUGUAUCUUUCCUUGCCUUUCUAACUUUACUGCACCAAUGGGAACAGUGCUUUCUCCUGAUUAUCCUGAAGGAUAUGGAAAUAAUUUAAAUUGUAUCUGGACAAUCAUCUCAGACCCUGGGAGCCGGAUACAUCUUUCAUUUAAUGACUUUGACUUGGAAUCUCAGUUUGACUUCCUUGCUGUUAAGGAUGGUGAUUCUCCAGACUCUCCAAUCCUUGGAACAUUCACUGGUGCAGAGGUUCCUUCUCAUCUCACUAGCAACAGUCAUAUUUUGAGACUGGAAUUUCAAGCAGACCACUCAAUGUCAGGAAGAGGCUUUAACAUAACAUAUAAUACAUUUGGACACAAUGAAUGUCCUGAUCCUGGAAUACCAAUAAAUGCUCGCCGGUUUGGAGACAACUUUCAGUUAGGAAGUUCAAUAUCAGUUAUUUGUGAAGAAGGAUUUAUUAAGACACAAGGAACUGAAACAAUUACUUGCAUACUUAUGGAUGGCAAAGUAAUGUGGAGUGGACCAAUUCCCAGAUGUGGAGCUCCAUGUGGUGGACAUUUUUCCUCUCCUAGUGGAGUGAUCCUUUCCCCAGGAUGGCCAGGUUAUUACAAAGAUUCCUUGAAUUGUGAGUGGGUGAUUGAAGCUGAACCUGGACACUCUAUCAAAAUUACAUUUGAAAGAUUUCAGACUGAACUCAAUUAUGAUGUUUUGGAAGUUCAUGAUGGGCCAAACCUUCUAUCACCUCUGCUUGGAUCUUACAAUGGUACUCAAGUUCCCCAGUUCCUGUUUAGUAGCAGCAAUUUUAUCUACCUUCUAUUUACAACAGACAACAGUCGUUCUAAUAAUGGAUUCAAGAUUCAUUAUGAAAGUGUUACAGUUAACACGUAUUCCUGCUUGGAUCCCGGCAUACCAGUGCAUGGACGGCGUUAUGGUCACGAUUUCUCCAUAGGUUCCACCGUGUCAUUUAGUUGUGAUCCAGGAUAUAGGCUAAGCCAUGAAGAGCCUCUUCUAUGUGAAAAAAACCACUGGUGGAGUCACCCGCUUCCGACUUGUGACGCAUUAUGCGGAGGUGAUGUUCGAGGGCCUAGUGGAACAAUCUUAUCCCCUGGAUACCCUGAAUUCUAUCCAAAUUCCUUGAAUUGUACAUGGACUGUAGAUGUAACCCAUGGAAAAGGAGUACAGUUCACCUUUCACACUUUUCAUCUUGAAGAUCAUCAUGACUACUUACUAAUCACAGAGAAUGGCAGUUUUACCCAGCCUUUGGCACGUCUCACUGGAUCAGAACUUCCUUCAACAAUCAAUGCUGGUCUCUAUGGAAAUUUCAGGGCUCAAUUGCGCUUUAUUUCAGAUUUUUCAAUAUCAUAUGAAGGAUUUAACAUUACAUUUUCUGAAUACAAUCUAGAACCUUGUGAAGAUCCUGGAAUUCCCCAAUAUGGCAGUAGGAUAGGACUGAAUUUUGGAGUUGGAGAUACACUGACCUUUUCAUGCUCAUCGGGAUAUCGUCUAGAAGGGACUUCUGAGAUCAUCUGUCUUGGUGGUGGCCGGCGUGUGUGGAGUGCACCUCUGCCAAGGUGUGUGGCGGAAUGUGGUGCAUCUGCAACAAAUAAUGAAGGAAUUUUGCUGUCUCCAAAUUAUCCUCUCAACUAUGAAAACAACCAUGAGUGCAUUUAUAGCAUUCAGGUACAAGCAGGGAAGGGAAUCAAUAUUUCAGCCAGAACAUUUCACUUAGCACAAGGAGAUGUUCUUAAGAUAUAUGAUGGAAAAGACAAAACGACCCACCUCUUGGGUGCUUUUACCGGCGCAUCAAUGAGAGGACUGACACUCAGUAGUACCUCAAAUCAACUUUGGUUAGAAUUUAAUUCUGAUUCUGAAGGUACUGAUGAAGGCUUUCAACUUGUUUAUACCAGUUUUGAACUUUCACAUUGUGAGGAUCCUGGUGUUCCACAAUUUGGAUACAAGAUCAGCGACCAGGGUCACUUUGCUGGCAGCACCAUCAUUUAUGGAUGCAAUCCAGGUUACACCCUCCAUGGAAGUAGCCUUUUAAAGUGCAUGACAGGAGAAAGAAGAGCAUGGGAUUACCCUCUGCCAUCAUGUAUUGCUGAAUGUGGAGGCCGUUUUAAAGGAGAAUCAUCAGGAAGAAUUUUAUCUCCUGGCUACCCUUUUCCUUAUGACAAUAAUCUCAGGUGCAUGUGGAUGAUUGAGGUGGAUCCAGGAAACAUUGUCAGCCUACAGUUUCUUGCCUUUGAUACUGAGGCAUCACAUGAUAUACUACGAGUUUGGGAUGGCCCACCUGAAAAUGAGAUGUUACUAAAAGAAAUUAGUGGAUCCCUCAUUCCAGAAGGUAUCCACAGCACACUAAACAUAGUAACAAUACAAUUUGACACAGACUUUUACAUCAGCAAAUCUGGAUUUGCCAUUCAGUUUUCAAGUUCUGUGGCCACUGCUUGUCGUGAUCCAGGUGUCCCCAUGAAUGGAACUCGAAAUGGAGAUGGGAGAGAACCUGGGGACACAGUCGUUUUUCAGUGUGACCCAGGAUAUGAGCUACAAGGAGAGGAAAGAAUAACCUGCAUUCAGGUGGAAAAUCGUUAUUUCUGGCAGCCCAGCCCGCCAGUCUGUAUAGCACCCUGUGGAGGCAACUUAACAGGUUCCUCAGGAUUUAUUCUUUCACCAAACUUUCCUCAUCCAUACCCUCAUAGUAGAGACUGUGACUGGACUAUCACAGUGAAUUCAGAUUAUGUUAUAUCUUUAGCAUUUAUCAGUUUCAGCAUAGAACCAAACUAUGACUUCUUGUAUAUAUACGAUGGGCCAGAUAGCAAUAGUCCACUAAUCGGAAGCUUUCAAGACAGCAAAUUACCAGAGAGAAUAGAAAGUGGCUCUAAUACUAUGCAUCUGGCAUUUCGAAGUGAUGGAUCUGUCAGUUACACUGGCUUUCAUUUAGAAUACAAAGCAAAACUCCGUGAAUCCUGCUUCGAUCCAGGAAAUAUAAUGAAUGGCACCAGACUUGGAAUGGAUUAUAAACUAGGCUCAACAGUCACAUAUUACUGUGAUGCUGGUUAUGUUCUUCAAGGAUAUUCAACACUCACCUGCAUCAUGGGAGAUGAUGGAAGGCCUGGGUGGAACAGGGCAUUACCAAGCUGUCAUGCUCCCUGUGGAAGUCGUUCAACAGGUUCCGAAGGCACUGUUUUAUCACCAAACUAUCCCAAAAACUACAGUGUGGGACACAAUUGUGUUUACUCUAUAGCAGUUCCCAAGGAAUUUGUGGUGUUUGGCCAGUUUGUAUUUUUCCAGACAUCACUCCACGAUGUGGUUGAGGUGUAUGAUGGGCCAACUCAGCAAUCUGCUCUGUUAUCUUCCCUCUCAGGAUCCCAUUCAGGAGAAUCACUUCCACUGAGUUCAGGUAAUCAGAUCACAAUUCGAUUUACUUCAGUUGGACCCAUAACAGCUAAGGGAUUUCACUUUGUUUAUCAAGCUGUUCCGAGAACAAGCGCGACACAAUGCAGUUCUGUUCCUGAACCAAGAUUUGGAAGAAGGAUUGGCAAUGAAUUUGCAGUUGGUUCAUUGGUUCUUUUUGAAUGUAAUCCAGGAUACAUUCUCUAUGGAUCCAUAGCAAUUAGAUGUGACACAGUGCCCAAUUCUUUGGCACAAUGGAAUGAUUCCUUACCUACAUGUGUUGUGCCCUGUGGUGGAAUUUUAACAAAGCGCAAAGGGACCAUUUUAUCUCCUGGUUAUCCAGAGCCGUAUGACAACAAUCUGAAUUGUGUGUGGAAGAUCACAGUACCAGAGGGAGCUGGCAUUCAAGUGCAAGUUGUUAGUUUUGCCACAGAACAUAACUGGGAUUCUCUGGAUUUUUAUGAUGGUGGUGACAACAAUGCCCCAAGACUUGGAAGUUAUUCAGGAACUACGAUCCCACAUCUUCUAAACAGUACUUCUAAUAAUUUGUACCUAAACUUUCAGUCAGAUAUCAGUGUAUCAGCUGCUGGAUUUCAUCUUGAAUACACAGCAAUUGGCUUAGAUUCUUGUCCUGAACCACAGACUCCAAGCAGUGGAAUAAAAAUUGGAGACCGAUAUAUGGUUGGUGAUGUGGUGUCCUUUCAGUGUGAUCAAGGAUAUUCCCUUCAGGGUCAUUCUCACAUUACCUGUAUGCCUGGACCUGUAAGAAGGUGGAAUUAUCCUAUUCCAAUUUGUUUAGCUCAGUGUGGUGGUUCUAUGUCAGAUUUCAGUGGAGUGAUCCUAAGUCCUGGAUUUCCUGGAAACUAUCCCAGCAGUUUAGAUUGCACAUGGACCAUAAAAUUGCCUAUAGGUUUUGGAGUACAUUUACAGUUUGUGAAUUUCUCCACUGAAACAAUCCAUGAUUAUUUGGAAGUAAGGAGUGGAUCUUCUGAAACUAGUACUGUUAUUGGACGACUUAGUGGUCCUCAAAUACCAUCUUCUCUAUUUAGCACUACCCAUGAAACCAGUUUAUAUUUUCACAGUGAUUAUUCUCAAAAUAAGCAAGGAUUUCAUGUAAUAUAUCAAGCUUAUCAGUUACAAAGCUGCCCUGAUCCACGCCCAUUUCGCAAUGGUUUUGUGAUUGGAAAUGACUUCACUGUAGGCCAAACAAUUUCUUUUGAGUGUUUACCAGGAUACACUCUUAUUGGGAACUCAGCACUCACUUGCCUCCAUGGUGUCAGUCGUAAUUGGAAUUAUCCUCUUCCAAGAUGUGAAGCCCUCUGUGGUGGUAAUAUAACUGCAAUGAAUGGCACCAUUUACUCUCCUGGAUAUCCUGAUGAAUAUCCAAACUUUCAAGACUGCUUUUGGCUUGUAAGAGUACCACCGGGAAAUGGAAUCUACAUCAAUUUUACAGUUCUUCAAACAGAGCCAAUAUAUGAUUUCAUUACUGUCUGGGAUGGACCAGAUCAAAACUCACCUCAAAUUGGUCAAUUCAGUGGCAAUACUGCUUUGGAGUCAGUCUAUAGCACUUCAAAUCAGAUUUUAAUAAAAUUCCACAGUGAUUUCACCACAAGUGGCUUCUUUGUUCUUAGUUAUCAUGCCUAUCAGCUUCGAGUAUGCCAGCCUCCACCACCCAUACCAAACGCUGAAAUUUUGACAGAAGAUGAUGAAUUUGAAAUAGGUGACAUUAUAAGAUACCAGUGUCUACCAGGAUUUACUUUGGUUGGCAAUGAAAUUCUAACAUGUAGAUUAGGAGAACGGCUUCAGAUGGAUGGAGCACCUCCUGUAUGUCAAGUACUCUGCCCUGCCAAUGAAUUACGGUUAGAUUCAACUGGUGUCAUAUUGAGUCCUGGCUAUCCUGACAGCUACCCAAAUCUCCAGAUGUGUGCAUGGAGCAUUUCAGUGGAAAAAGGCUAUAACAUCAGCAUGUUUGUAGAAUUCUUCCAGACAGAAAAGGAAUUUGAUGUUCUUCAGGUGUAUGAUGGACCAAAUAUUCAAAGCCCAGUGCUUAUCUCACUCAGUGGAGAUUACUCCUCUGCUCUUAAUAUAUCCAGCAAUGGUCAUGAAGUAUUCCUCCAGUGGUCAGCAGAUCAUGGCAAUAAUAAAAAAGGAUUCAGAAUAAGAUAUAUAGCUCUCUACUGCAGCACUCCAGAAUCUCCACCCCAUGGAUACAUCAUCAGUCAGACAGGGGGUCAACUUAAUAGUGUAGUCCGAUGGGCCUGUGACCGAGGAUUCAGGCUUGUUGGGAAAAGCAGUGCUGUGUGUAGAAAGUCUCCAUAUGGAUACCAUGCAUGGGAUGCACCUGUUCCAGCUUGUCAAGCAAUUUCUUGUGGAAUUCCUAAAGCUCCAACAAAUGGUGGAAUACUCACAACAGAUUAUUUGGUGGGAACCCGUGUUACCUAUUUCUGCAAUGAUGGCUACAGACUGUCAUCUAAAGAACUUACCACUGCAGUAUGUCAGUCUGAUGGAACAUGGAGCAAUCAUAAUAAAACACCUCGUUGUGUUGUUGUUACUUGCCCAAGCAUUAAUUCCUUCUCACUGGAACAUGGAAGAUGGAGAAUUGUGAAUGGAUCCCAUUAUGAGUAUAAAACUAAAGUAGUUUUUAGCUGUGACCCUGGUUAUCAUGGAUUAGGCCCAGCAUCUAUUGAAUGCCUUGCUAAUGGGACUUGGAGCUGGAGAAAUGAAAGACCGUAUUGCCAAAUUAUUUCCUGUGGAGAACUGCCUACACCUCCAAAUGGAAAUAAGAUUGGAACUCAAAUUUCGUACGGAUCCACAGCUAUCUUUACCUGUGAUUCAGGGUACAUGCUUGUUGGCUCUACUGUAAGAGAAUGCCUUUCUUCUGGACUCUGGAGUGGAACUGAAACCAGAUGCUUAGCGGGUCAUUGUGGAAUUCCAGAGCUCAUUGUCAAUGGACAAGUCAUUGGAGAAAAUUAUGGGUACAGAGACACAGUUGUAUAUCAGUGUAAUCCUGGCUUUCGACUGAUUGGCUCUUCUGUACGAAUAUGCCAACAGGAUCACAAUUGGUCUGGUCAGCUGCCAUCCUGUGUGCCUGUUAGCUGUGGUCACCCUGGCAGUCCAAUUUAUGGAAGAACAAGCGGAAAUGGAUUCAAUUUCAAUGACGUUGUAACGUUCUCAUGCAAUAUUGGAUACAUUAUGCAAGGCCCAACAAAAGCCCAAUGUCAGGCAAACAGACAAUGGAGUCAUCCACCACCAGUAUGUAAAGUGGUCAACUGUUCAGAUCCCGGAAUUCCAGCUAAUUCUAAAAGAGAAAGCAAAAUAGAACAUGGGAAUUUCACUUAUGGAACUGUGGUAUUCUAUGACUGCAAUCCUGGAUAUUUUUUAUUUGGAUCCUCCGUUUUGAUAUGUCAACCAAAUGGACAUUGGGAUAAACCACUUCCGGAGUGUAUCAUGAUUGACUGUGGACAUCCAGGCGUUCCUCCCAAUGCAAUCCUGUCUGGAGAGAAGUAUACAUUUGGUUCUACUGUUCAUUAUUCAUGUACUGGAAAACGGACCCUUCUUGGCCAGUCAGCACGAACCUGCCAAUUAAAUGGACAUUGGAGUGGUUCACAGCCUCAUUGUUCAGGUGAUAUGACUGGUUCCUGUGGAGAUCCAGGCAUUCCUGGUCAUGGUUCCAGACAGGAGAGUGACUUUAGGACCAAGAGUGUUGUCCGCUUCUCUUGUGAGACUGGUUAUAUUCUUCAUGGUUCAGAAGAAAGGACAUGUUUAGCCAAUGGAAGCUGGACUGGAAGACAACCUGAAUGUAAAGCUGUGCAGUGUGGUAACCCAGGAACUACUGCCAAUGGGAAAGUGUUCCGUAUAGAUGGCACAACAUUCUCCAGCUCUGUCAUUUAUUCAUGCAUGGAGGGAUACAUACUUUCUGGAUCAUCAGUUAGGCAGUGUACAGCCAAUGGAACAUGGUCUGGAUCAUUGCCCAACUGUACAAUUAUCAGUUGUGGAGAUCCAGGUAUACCUGCCAAUGGAAUGAGAUAUGGAGAUGAGUAUGUGGUUGGACAAAAUGUUACUUACAUGUGCCAGCCAGGCUAUACAAUGGAAUUGAAUGGCUCCAGAAUUCGGACGUGUACUACAAAUGGCACAUGGAGUGGGACAAUGCCAACUUGUAAAGCUGUUACCUGCACAACUCCUCCCCAGAUCUCUAAUGGAAGACUGGAAGGAACAAAUUUUGACUGGGGAUUUAGUAUUAGCUACAUCUGUUCUCCAGGAUAUGAACUAUCCUUUCCUGCUGUUUUGACCUGUGUAGGGAAUGGAACUUGGAGUGGGGAAGUACCACAGUGCUUACCAAAAUUUUGUGGUGACCCUGGAAUUCCAGCACAAGGGAAAAGAGAAGGCAAAAGCUUCAUCUACCAGUCAGAAGUCUCCUUUAGCUGUAAUGCCCCUUUUAUUUUAGUGGGAUCAAGCACUAGAAUAUGUCAAGCUGAUGGAACUUGGAGUGGUUCAUCACCACACUGCAUAGAGCCCACUCGCACAUCAUGUGAAAACCCAGGAGUACCACGUCAUGGAUCACAGAACAAUACAUUUGGAUUUCAAGUGGGAAUUGAUCGUUAUGACUUUUUUCAUAUGUCUGCAGUUCCUGAUGAUGUCUUUGCCCAGAAUUACAUAUGGAAAGGCUCUUACAAUUUCAAAGGGAGGAAACAGCCUAUGACUUUGACAGUGACAAGUUUUAAUUCAUCUACAGGAAGAGUAAAUGCAACACUAAGCAACAGCAAUAUGGAACUACUACUUUCAGGAGUUUAUAAAAGCCAGGAAGCUCGUCUAAUGCUACAUAUCUAUCUUAUUAAAACACCAGCUCAUGCUUCAGUGAGCAAAAUGAAGGAAGAAAAUUGGGCCAUGGAUGGUUUUGUUUCUGCAGAACCUGAUGGAGCAACUUAUGUAUUUCAAGGAUUUAUUCAGGGUAAAGAUUAUGGGCAGUUUGGACUUCAACGAUUAGGAUUGAACAUGUCAGAAGGUUCUAACUCUUCCAACCAACCACAUGGUACCAAUAGUAGUUCUGUGGCCAUUGCUAUCCUUGUGCCUUUCUUUGCUCUUAUUUUUGCUGGUUUUGGAUUUUAUCUUUAUAAACAAAGGACUGCACCUAAAACACAGUACACUGGAUGUUCAGUACAUGAAAAUAACAAUGGCCAAGCAGCUUUUGAAAACCCCAUGUAUGAUACCAAUGCAAAAUCAGUCGAAGGGAAAGCAGUACGAUUUGACCCCAACUUGAACACAGUCUGCACAAUGGUAUAA